AUGCCCGACACACCCGCCACCCGCACACUGCGGUCCGCGCGCAACAGCGACGUAAAUACCAUGGAGUCGAGCAAUUCGCCCGCACCGCGCGCCUUGCGCUCCUCGACGCGCAACAGCGACAACAGCACUCCAUCCACCCCCGAAGCGCUCAGCGGCUCCGCUUCUACGCCAGCGACCGCGACCCGUGACAUCCGCUCAUCAAGCCGCAAGAAAGAGGUUGGCGGAGCCGCCGCUCGUGAGGCGGAGCAGCUCAACACGCCAGCUACCAGUGAUAUCAACGCCGUCCCGGUCAGCUCCAAGACUGGCCGCCAAUCGCCGACUAGCAGUACCAAUAUGACCCCCGCCGCUUCUUCUAGCCGGCGCACGUCGAGUCGCCUGUCUGUUGUGCAAUCUGCGGCGGCAGAGCCUGACACACCCACCACUGAUGACAAUGCAGGCAAGACCAGCAAGGCUACGCCGACUAACACUAUCGCUAAGCCAUCACCACCGCUGCGUAUCUCGAGCCGCAUUGCCGGUUUUCCCCCGGAUACCAACUCCCCACUCACUCCCGUUGUCAAAGGCUCGGAAAAGAAGGACAAGAUUGCCACGCCGUCCACUGACACCCAGACCACGCCCGUCAGACUUGACAGCCACCUGCGCAACUCGAAUCGCAUCGCCAGUCUAGCUACGGAGACCAGCAACAAAUCCGCCGCGUAUGUCACCGAGAAAUCCACACCUGCUGCGAGCAGCGCGGGUGAGAAGAAGGGCAAAGUCGAUACGCCAUCCAGCGAUACCCCAGUCACGCCUAUUGGCUCCAGCAGAAGCAACCUGCGUGCUUCGAGCCGCAUCAAGGAGCUCACUUCCUCCACGGCUGCAGCGGCGUCUAGCAAAAAGAGUGUCGAAACACCUACCGCGGCCAAGUCAACACCGAGCAUGACUGCCCCAGGGAAGAAGACAGGUGAGAGCAGCAGUUCCAAGAACGCAUCCAACAACAGCAAGAAACCCAUCCACACAGCGGUAACGACGACGACGAAGACGCCGGCGGAGGCCAGCAUCAACAAGAAAAGCGACAACACUAACCAGAAACCCGCAGCAGCACCGAGCAGAUCGUCCGACCGCCUCGCCUCUUCCCUCAGCUCCACCUCCACCUCCUCCCCCUUCCUCCUCCACCCGACCACCACCACCACCUCCGCCCCCGGCGUCAACACCACCACCACCACUCGCCCCCGAUCAACCCCCACCCCCCACGCACCCCCCUCCUGGCCCGCCCCGGCCUUCCGCCACAACGACCUCCACAAAUGGCUCAUCGUCGGCGACCAAGCAGAUGACUUUGCCGCUGCUGCCGCUGCUGCCGCUAAUGCCGCCGCCGCCGGAAGAUCAGCGGGAGUGGGAGGAGUGGCGUCGUUGAAUCCGGUCCCGCGCAGUGAGACGUUCUUGCACGCGUUCGGGCGGACGCAGGUGAGGAGGGCGGCGAGGAGCCUGAGGAGGAUGUGUGAGGCGGCGGUGGAGAGGAGGGGGAGGUGGGCGGGGGAGUUGGGGGGGUUGGAGGGGGGGUUGGAGUUGGGGGGUUUGGAUCGAGGGGAGGUGGAGGUGGGAGAGGCUGGUGGGGAAGGUGCGGAGGGAGAGUCUGGUGGGGAGGCGGAUGGGGAUGGGGAUGUGGUGAUGGCUGGUACUGAUGCUGGUGAUGACGGCCCGGAUGCGGCGGCUGGAGAGGGAGGCGUUGAUGGAAGUGUCGCUGCGCAUUCUGGGGCGGCGGGAGAUGGUGGCGGCAGCAGCAUCAUCGUGGGUGGUGCGCGCGAUAUCAGGGCUUCGAUUCAUGGCGUCACAUACAGUUUCAAACACUCCUCCCAGCUCAAGGCUGCCCGCACCGCCUACUUCGCCGCCAGAGCCGUUCCCGGCACCACGAACGAACAAGCGCACGCCGCCGCCGCGGAGGCUGCCGGCGCGGCCCUGGCGCGAACCGCUGUCGGCGUCAAGGUGCGUGCCGAGGGUAGAACGGACGUAAUCAGACUGGGUCCGUCUUCUUCUUCUUCGCAGUCGGUGUCGGGUAUUACAGCGUCCGGUCCUGCGGCCGCAGAGAGUCCUUCGUCAGCCACUGAUGUCGGACGCGAUAACGGCAACGCGGUGCGCCUCAACGACGGCAGCAACAACAACGACACGAGCCUACCCGCCCAUGGCAGUGGAGCAGCAGACGACCCGGCGUCUCCGCCGCCCCCGCUCCCGUCGUCGCUCGCGGGGAUGAAGCGACAGCACCGGAUGCGGCCGAUCGCGCGCAUGACCGUGCAGCAGCUGCGCAACGAGAUUAUGCGGAAGUGCGCGUUGAGGGAGCGGCUGCUCGCGGAUGGGGAUAGGCUGCGGGCGUUGUGUGUGGAGGGGAGGAGGACCAGGGAUGAGAGGAUGGAUGGAGAGGAGGCCGGGGAGGGGGGUGUGGAGGAGAGGCUGGGAGAGGAUGGAAAUGGUCCUGAGGAGGUGGAGAUGAGCGGCGAUGGGGCAGUCAGGGAGGAGGGCAGCGUGGAUAGGGAGUUGUUGGCGUUGGCGGAUGGUGUGGUUGAUGGGGAGGGUGAGGGCCGUGGUCAAGAUGGUGGCGAUGAGGAUAGGAUGGAUGUUGACUAA